AUUUAUUUCCCCCAGAAACCCGCAGUUACUGACGGUUCCAUCAUGUCAGCUUCAUUUAGGCGCUUGUUUUUCGGUGAACUUUUCCCUGCUAACGGACUCAAACUUGAGCUGUUGGCCUCUGGUCAUAACUCCAUUAAACGGGAUUUUUCACUAAAUUCUGGACAGAACUUGCUAAGUUCACUUUUAAGAUCUAAGAUCAGUUGACUGGUCAGACCUGGACUUGGAUGUUCUACUGAAUACAUCAUCUUUUACAUCUAACCAUCUUCUGCUGUUCAUCAAAGUUCUGGUCAUGGAGAUAUAAAAUGAAUUGUGACAACGAUAAACUCCAAUUAACGAUGACUGAAAACCACCAAAUUUGACAGUAUUGUCAGGGGCGCUACUUCUGGUAUUUUCUUCAUGGUUUCCUCCAUGGGAGCUUCAAUAAAUAUUCCUAAUAUGUUUCCUGGAAGUUCCUGUGACAGCUGAAGGAUUUCCUUCACAGACGGAGAAUGCAGGUUCUGCCAAUCUGGGGGCUCGCCAUCCCUCUCCCAGCUGUGAUGAUGAUCACGGUCAGUCUUUACAUGGUGGUCCUGGGGGUCGGGCUGUGGAUUCGAUACUGCCUCAAGGACUAUUGUUCCCUUGGAUGUGGCAGCUGCUGUCCAAACAUCUCUGUGUGUGAGCAGUGCUUCAGACUGGCUGUAAUGUGUGAUUGCCGUCUGCCAGGCGUCAGCUCCUUCCUGCCUGAUUCCUGCUCCUCACCUUCUGUGGGCUGCAGUUCUGAUCCUGUCAGCCGUGAGGAGUGUUUAAAACCCAGAGUGCGUCAACAUGGACUGUGCCUGCACCUGUCAGCCUCCUGAGUGCGACUCCUGCAACUGCCUCUGCUUUGAGAUCCGGAUCAAGUAGGAGAGAGGAGCGGUGCUGAUCCAUUUGGAAUUUAUGGUGAAUAACUGACAUGAUGAGAUGCAACUCCAAACUGUCACCAUGACUCGUUCUCACUUGUUCCCUCAGUAGUUUACUAUCAGACUAACUCUAGUUUUAGAGUUAGUUAUUUUCUUUGGAUGGUGUGGACUUAUUAUUUUUUAUUGUUCCUGUCUAAACACACUUAAAAAACAAAUGAUAUGUAUAUAUUUUCCUAAAUAAAGCCAAAACUGAAAUCUAA